ACGGGGUUAUUGUAAUGCGGACGUGGAACGAUAAGGAUGACGGUUAAGGAGCGAUGAGUGUCACCAGGACACGGAAUGAACGAAUGUGAGCGGUUUCUAGACCGGUGAAGUUGCUGCACUGCAGACAAGACGAAGAAAAGAUGUCGAUCGUUGAGUAAGAGAGUAGCAUAUUUCGAUGGCGUUCCCCCGAGAAUAAGUACGAGAAGACUUUACCUAUGGCCACCGAUGCAUUUUCGCUUUCGUAUGUCGUUUAUAGCGAUGUGAAGCGAGUAAUACACGUGAGGCAGUUACCUGACAUACGACACCGUAUCGAGGCGUUUCAUCUGUAUGAAUCGGAGCGCUGCACCAAGCAUCCGCCAAUGGUUUCCAGGCUUGGCGUCUUGACGUCUCAAGUUGAGCAACGGAGAGAACAACACACAAAGUCACCACCAGAGGUUUCGCAUAAAUAACCGGUAUGAUCGCUAAAGGCACUGCCACAGAAGAUGAAGAGUAUUUGUUCCGAUACAUUCGCAGUGUCGCCAUAUUGCGCGAGCGUGAUUGAUUGCUUGGAGCAUGCGCAAGGUGUAUCAUG